AUGCCGUGGUUUCGGAGGAGCUCUUUCCGGCUGCCAGCACCUGCACAGGGUCGUGAGCACGUGGGAGAAGUUCCUCCAAACUUUCGCAGCCAACUAGUGCACGAAUUGAGUCAUUAUGAGAUUGAUCGCAAGUAUGACACCCGCCAAUUACUGGGACAAGGUUCAUAUGGAUCAGUUUAUCUUGUCUACGAGAAAUCUACGCAACAGAAGAAGGCCUCGAAAUGCAUUACCAGGCCUGAGGGAUGGGGGCGUGAGCGAUUUCGCAUGGAAGGCCUUGUGAUGCAGAACUCGGAUCAUCCGCAUAUCCUCAGACUUUUUGAAUGGUUUGAGAACGGGGAUCAGGCGACGCUUAUCUUCCAGUUCUGUGAGGGCGGUGAGCUUCUCAGUGCCAUACGCAAGGGGAGAGCGACCGGAGCGGCAUUGGAGGAGCCGUGGGCUGCUUGUGCGCUCCGCCAGCCCUUUCAGGCUCUCGUCUACCUGCACAACAAGGGCAUCGUACACAAGGAUCUGAAGGUUGAGAAUCUGCUGCUUUUGCGGAGCAUAGUAUCAGAUGAUGGUCGAGCUUUUGGUCGGUCCCCUCAUGUCGUGGUAAGCGACUUUGGGACUGCUGAAAUCUGCGUUCGAGGGCUGUCCAGCCCUUUUGUGGCCCGCGGUUCAAAGGUUGCUGGGACUCCAGCGACAAUGUCUCCAGAGUGCCUGCAGGGAAAUGUUAGUGCAAAGUCCGACAUAUGGAGCAUGGGAUGCGUUAUGUUCGAGAUGUUUGCAAACGCCUUGCCGUUCCACUUGUCGGGAAGUAUGGCAGAUGCCGAUGCGCAUCAGGAAGCUUGGCUCCAGAUGCACAAGCAGGGUCCAAAAUGGGAGCGUCUUCGAUGCAGCGCGACGGCGAAAGACCUGUGUCAAAAGCUGCUGAGUUUCAGGGAAGUGGGUCGUCCCUCUGCAGCGGAGUGUCUUAAGCAUUCCUGGAUCAAGCAGAAGAAGACCGAUCUUGGGCCGGAGGAGAAGACAUUCUUGCGUACGGCGCUAACGCGCUGGGCGAGCACCAGUCUGUGUGGGAAAGCGCUCUUCCUCAAGAUGGCUUCCACAUGCGCCUUUGUCGACCGCUUCGCUGAGGCCUUCUGCAAACUUGAUGCUGAUGAUAAUGGCAUGCUGGAGAGGAGUGAGGUAUUCAAUGCUAUGCAUAUGCUGGGAAUCCAGAAAGAUGUGGCCAAGACCCUUGUGGACGCCCUGGAUCAAAACCGUGAUGGCUCCAUUCAAUAUCUAGAGUUUUGCGCUGCCUGUCUUCUGGCCUCAACUCAAGAUCUUCACGAUCUGCUUUCUCAGGAGUUUCACGCCCUCUGCGCCGGAGAUCGAGGUUGCCCGCGUCAAGCUUUGCAGCUUUUUCUGAAGGACCUGCGACCUCUUGUGUCAGACUCUCGUGGCCACUUUCCGGACGAAGUCAAGAAGGAUGGUCGCUUGAGCUUCAAGGAGUUCUGCAGCUUCUUUGGACAGAAGGUUGACGAGCCAGAUGCAGGACACUGGAUGGCACGCCAUCCGUUCACGAAGCUUGCUGCUGCUCACAUCAGGUAA